CACUAACAUGUUCCUCCUCAGAGACGAUGUGUAUAACAGCUUCCAUUCAAGUCAGUUCAUCUGGAACUCAGACACAGCAAGUCUUAAAAGCGUGUGCAUCAUCCUCCCUGUGUCCAACCACAGGCUCUCAAACAUAUUCAACCAGCCUGGGUAGUUUGAGUGCAGUUGCAUCUGUCCAGUGCUGCAACACAGAUAACUGCAACUCAGAAACUCUACCUUUCCCAAAUGAUAUGGCGAAUAACAGCCUACAGUGUUUCUCUUGUGACCCCAUCACUGGUCAAUGCAACUCUCAAUUACAAUGCAGAGGAGAAGAGGACCGCUGCUUUCAAGCAAGUUUGACGAGUGGAAACAGCACUUUUUCAGCGUUUGGCUGUGCAUCUACAAACAUGUGUGUAGCUGCUGCCAGCCUGGGUAAUCUACCUUUCCUGCAAAGUGCUGUGGUGGAUUGUCCUAGUGCUCUAGUUCAUGUGUGGAAGAUUAGGAUGUGUCUGUUUUAA